UUUGGUUCGGCUUCACAACCUCAAUCAUCUUGUGAACAAACCUUCAUUUGGGUGGAAAGCAGCAGUAGCGCAAGACGACAGUGCUGAACCACAAUGAUCGGUCAACUGGCUGCUUUGAUUCUACUUUGUACAAUGUCUCUGGUUGAAACGGCAGAGGAUCCUCAACAGAUCUCUAUGGCUGUGGUAGAAGUUGGUGGAAAUUUUACUUUUGGUUGGCCAGUUUUAGAGGAAAAGGACAAAACGUUUUCCUUGAACAAGCAGACUCUUGGACAAAUGGCCCGGCCAGUCUUUAAAGUAAUUGUUGGCAAAAUAUCACUAAUUGAACCUUUUUUAGACACACGGUUCACAGCAACAGCAGGGGAAACUCAGUAUAUUUUUACCAUCAGAAAUGUCAGCAAAGAGGACGAAGCAACAUAUUUCUCUGUCAUUGGAGCAACGUAUUCACAGAGUUUUGGCAGAAGCAUAUUCUUGGCGGUGAAUGAUCAACAGAAAUCUUUCUUCGUGAAACAAAGCCCGGAGACCGAGUCUGUCCAGCAGGGCGACUCAGUGACCCUCCAGUGUUCACUCCUCUCCAAAAACAAAGAAAACGCAGAUCAGUGUCCAGGUGAACACCAUGUGUACUGGUUCAGAUCUGGAUCAGGAGAAUCCCAUCCAAGCAUCAUUUACAGUAAGGAACAAAAGGAAAGAAGUUGUGGCUACAGUCUUUCCAAAACUAUUCACAACUCCUCUGAUGAAGGGACUUACUACUGUGCUGUGGCUACAUGUGGACAGAUCCUGUUUGGGGAAGGAACUACAGUGGAGAGGAAAACAGAACUGAACCCAGUUGUCCUUGUGCUUGGAGUGCUGCUGGCCUGCUGUGUGACUGUGAUUGCCUUUCUGAUUUUCUAUGGAUAUCGAAGGACAUGCUGCCAAAAUUGCAAAGGAGCAGUGAGUGCUUCCCAUCAUCUUGGACCUGACAUGUUGACUGGGGGUCAGUCAAAUGAUAUGGAUGAUGAAGCGAAGGCAGUGACUUAUUCAUCAAUUGAUUUUUCAACAAAGAAAGAGAAAGGAGAAAGGAGAAAGGAGAGAGAAAUGCCAAACGAUUGCAUGUACUCUGUUGUUAGAGCAGAUCACCACAACCAGCUUUCUGAAUGAAUUGAUACAGGAAGUGAGCCAGCAUUACUGUAAGGUCUAAUCUAUGACAACAAGUCUGUGGAACUGUUUGCUUCUGUUUUUUUUUGUGGACAUAAUACAACUUAAUAUUUAUAGUGUCCCCUCAUAUUGAGUUACUGUAUCUUCAUUCACAGCCACUGCAAGCCAAAAUACACAGUAUGUGAAUUCCAGGAUAGCCGUAGAUAAAAUAAGCUUGGAUUUCGUCCUUCAUCAAAGUCUGCGGUGAGGAACUCAGGGCAACAAUCACUGAUUUUCCCAUUAGUGGAGGAAAGUCACCCAACAUGCGAAACCGACCUGAAAAAAAAUAUUGCAGAGCUUGAUAUCUUAUAACUAAAAAUCCUUUGUUCGAAAACUAAAAAACAUUCAGUCAUCCAGUUUAAUGAUAGGUAUCCUUUAACUAAUCUUCAAGAUAUAUUUAUGAUUAAAAUAAAGACACCGAUUUGUGAACGAUUUUACAAAGUAAAUGUAGAGUUUGGUUAUGACAUAGGACUCAAAAAAGAGGUCUCCGACUUCAAAGUCUAGUGCUUACUUGCCACCAAACAUCUGUAACAUCAGCCUUUUGGGAAAAAUGAAAUGACUCAACAAACAGGAGAUUUUUCUGUCAAUAGCUCAUGUAAUGGAGUGAAGCCUGCGAGCUAGUUCAGGCAGUCAACUCGAGCACCAAUGAUACAUUCGCACAUAACGCCCCUCGUCACACUUGCAACCAACCAAACAUAGUCUCCUAAUCUGGCGCUCUAUUUAAGCUGUUGGAUCCGCCUACCUCUGCCUCGCUAAUGCAGCUGCUGCUACUACUGCUGUUUCCACGCUGCUAAUGUGUUCACCUCGCUGCUGCUGCUGCUGCUGCUGCUGCUGCUGCUGCGUUCACGUUGGCGAUGCUCGCCUGCCCCACCACCACCCCAGCUUCCUCCCCAGCUUCCAUCUGUAGGCUCGGGGGAUAGUUAUCUAAUCAUCACUCAAUGUUCUAUGUUAAUAUGUGGAGUGAUGAGGCCCGAGCCUAGACGCCAAACUCAA